UGUGCUGGAGGGACGGCUUCCUGCACUUGGCUCUCUCUCUCUCUCUCUCUCUCAUUCAGCGCAGACACAGAGAGAGAGAGAGAGAGAGAGAGGGAGGGUGGGUGUGGUGGGAAGGAGGAGUAAGGCAGAGGAAAUCACGCCGAGCAGCGGAUAUUAACAAGAACAUCCGUGCCUUUGAAAGUAUCCCGCAGGAAGAGUGAGUGGAGAAGGGAUAGAGACAUGUCUCUGUGCCGGAGAGUCUGGAAUGUGUGGAUCCCAGUCCGCAGGCAGACCGUACUGGGCAGGAAGAGGGAGGCAGCGAAAAGUGGACCUGAACAACUUUUCGAUUUAAGACCAUGUGGAAUGACCUUUUACAGCACCGUGGUACCAUCUGAUGAGGCAGCUGUUGAAUACAAGCACGGAUUUCCAGUAAUCUCGGUCACACUUCCCUCCAGAAACGAGCGUUGCCAGUUUCUGGUGAAGCCACUUUCGAUGAAUGUUGGUGAUCUUCUUCAGGACUUGAAAAGUGAGGAUCAAGGCAUCAGCAGGGCCAUAAUCUUUUCAGAAGAUGGCACUAGAGUUUCAGCCACAACACCGAUGACCUUUUUAUUAAGAAAGAACUUUGAACUGGUUAUUAAUGAAACAAAGUAUUUUAUAAAGCCCCCAUCUAGAGACUUUGUAAGCAGUGAGCAUUCAACAGAAAUGGAUGAUGUAAAGAACUUGGUUCAUAAGCUUUAUAUAGCUCUGCAUAUGGAAUCUCACCAAUUGCACAAAGAGGGGGAGCUGCUGAAAAAACUGGAAAACUUAAAAGGAGAGCUACAGAAUCUUGAACAGAUAAAGUUGCAGUUGACUCUGAAGGCUGAAGCUAAAUCUAAUCGACUGAUGUGGGCAGGUUUGGCAUUUAUGUCGACUCAAGCUGGAGCACUGGCUUGGUUAACUUGGUGGGUCUACUCCUGGGAUAUAAUGGAGCCAGUCACUUACUUCAUCACAUAUGGGAGCUCCAUGGCUUUUUAUGCAUACUUCCUCCUCACACGCCAGGAUUGCGUUUAUCCUGAUAUAAAAGACAGACAGUUCCUGCACUACUUUCAUCGAGGAGCCAAAAGGAACAGCUUUGAUGUACAGAAAUACAACAAAAUCAAGGAGGAGAUGGCUGAGGUGGAAAAGAACCUCCAGCGUCUGCGUGACCCUUUGCAUUUGCAUCUUCCAAUCAAGCCACUAAACAGCAAAAACUAAAACUGUGGCUGAUGGGAAUAAACUCGAAAGUCAUGCUUCACAAUGACUUAACCAAUACAACAUUUCAAUCGGAUCAGAAUGCCUACAAGCACAUGUUCACCGAUGUUUCUGUUCUGUUUAAAAUGGAAUUUAUUUUUGUAAAAUACCCUUUUUGCAGUUUCGUGGCAUUCUGAGAUUGAAGUGCCUAUGAAUCAAUCUAGUUUAAACUCCGCUGUUGAUACAGACCACGUUCCCAUACCAUCUCUACCAUCCAUCAUCUUGUUCCUGAUUCCACUACUGUUAUGAAGCCGACAAUUAUCUUACACAGGAACAUUCAUAUUCAUAUGAUUCAAUACGUAAUACUUGAAACUUGCAACUGCAUUAGGUAGAUGGAAAGAUAAUUUAGUUGUAGCAAAUUGUCACAACCUGCAGCUUUAAUGCUGGAAUCUUACUUACAAAAAUGCAUUUCUUCUAAAGGGAAGGCCAAGACUAUUGUAAAAUUAGGAAUAGACUGAUUGAAAUACUAACUUGUGCACAACAUGACUAAUUGGUGAAGGGUUUAGCAGUUUUUUUUUUGUAGCAGGAAGAGUAAUUUUUAUUUUGGGUGAAGCAAUUUACAGAAAAUGUAUCUUGAGUGCUUGCAUGUGUGUUCUGUCUGGUGAAGUGGGGUGCAUGUUAGAGUUGUCAUAUGUUCAUUCUUGUUGAAAUCUGGGAAACAGCACGAGCACUUAAUGUUUGCUUUUCCUCUACGCACCUAGUUUUUGUACCAAUGGGAUUUGGACAAUCCAUCAGGCUUAGGCUGCUCACUUGUAUCAUUUUACUGUGGGAAACAUUACUGAACAUGAUUGGUCAUGAAUUACCUUUGAAUAGAGCCAAAAGACUCACUCGGGGUAGAACUUGAAAGACAGACUCCUGUCUCACCGUUUUGUUUUCAAUUUAAAAACAGCUGAAAACAUCGUUGGUGAAAUACAAAAUUAAUGAAGAAAGUUCACUUCUAGAUUUUCUCUUACUUUUUCCAUACUGUCACCUUGAUAUUGUAUUUUCAGAACUGGUACUAAAGAUGGUAUUUAAAGGCAGUAUUAUUUGUUCUAACAUAAUGCAUAGUAUUUAAACUUGCACUCCUCAAUCACGAUUUUUUUCCUUGCCAAAUCUGCUACAAGUUUUGAAGUUUACCAGAAAUAAUUUUCUCCCUGUUGGGCCUGAAAGAAUUGGUUUCAAAAUCAACCUGUGGUGUUAUUUACUUGCACUUGCCCCUCUUGAUUUAUUCAAUAGCUUCAGACCUCAUUGCCAAGCUUCCAAAAAGGAACUUAGUUUGCUGGGGGGUUUUUUCAGCUUUGUUUUCUCAGUAGAUAGCAGGUUAAUGGUACUUAUCAGUAUCUUAUUUUCCACCCUCAAGCUACCUGUGGGACACAUGGAUUGUGAACUUUCUCAUGUCUCCAAUCUCACUCCUUAACUUAGCUUCCAAUUUGAAGCUACUUUAUUUUUAGUUGGUUAUUUUCCUUUGAUUCAACCAACAUCCAAAGGAUGAAUUUUCACAUAAAUAUAAAGGCAUGGUCACUCCAUGUUAAAACAUGAGCUGUUGACAUGUUCCAUUACUGCCUCACAAACAUGUUUGCCUAGCCAAGUAAACUAGUUUGGCAUUCUAAGUGACCAACACCAUGUAGGUUGGUUGCGUGGUCAAUAAUGAUAGAGUUGAGGUGAUGGACCUUAGCAGGUUUUCUUGAAAAAAUUCUCAACACAUCAGACAUUAUCACUAAGUAUGUCAUCUGUAGCUCAUAAUGCAGAAUUAUUGUUUGACAGUGAAACUGAGUACACCACAAUAAUCUAUGUUUAGUACAGUUCAGAAAAUGUAUCAGUAGAAUGAAAUGGCCUGAAAAAGUGACUGAUCUGCUUUACAGUUUUUAUUAACAUUGCACUACACAGGAAUGUACUGUUUCCUAAUAUUUACUGUAUAAAAGUCAAGCUGUUAUGCUUAGUCUUUGGAAUAUUGUUAUUCUCUCCCAUUGUCAGCAGGUGUUGACCGUGCAUCUUGUAUUUCACUAGAGUACACAGCAUGAAGGGUCCUAGCUGUAACCAUAUCUCUCAAUGGUGUAUUUUGUUAAUUGGGAUUUUGUAAUAUAAAUGAAAAAUUCACUGAUCAUUUUUGCUUAUGUACUUCAAAUACAGAAUGGCUCUAUUUUUCAAUACAACUAACCCAGUGGCAGGUGAGGGAACACUGACAUUCAAAGCUGCAGCACUGAGCUUAAGGUGCUUCUUUUGGUUUGGUUCCACAUUACUUGCUGCAUGCUUAUAAAUAAACCAAAUGAUGGCUAUUUUAAUGGCAUCUUGGUUUUUGUUUGCUUGCUUUGCAGACUUUGAUCAAAAUUGCAUUUCUCUUCUUCGUUAUCCCCAUUAACUUGUAUCUAUUGAUCCUCACAGCCCCCUUGUCUGAAAAAAAAUUGAUUUCAUUAGUGUCAGUGUGUAUUUCACUCAUACAUUUGCAAAUGUAAUUGUAAUUAGAUCAUUAACAUCCUCGUGUUUUAUCUGUCUAUAUUUGGAAGAUUAAAUAAAAAAAACUUAAGUAUGA